AUGCGUUUCACAGCACUUACCUUCCUUCCUAUACUCUCCACCCUUAGUGCCGCCGCAGGCACUUUGAAUGUUACAGUCUUGGGUGCGCAAAAUAAUGUCUCUACUCUCGAAUGCUGGGCAUUAGAGCCCGGCUUUGGAACUUCGUCGCAAGCUGGCACAGCCGGUUCAAAGACUUUGAACCUUGGACCCCUUGGAGGAAAGAAUGCGGGUAACUCUACAUAUGCCCUUAUUGCGGGUCAAUUCGAUGGGGGGAGACAUAAUGCACCUGCAGCUCAAUGGGUUGUCUUCCUUUCAGGAUUGGCUCAUAUCACCCUGCCCAACUCAACAGACGAAGCCUGGAUUCCAGGCGGAAGAAAUGGCGCAAUCCUAGCGUUGGACACAGCCGAUGUGAGUGGUUGGGGACAUAUCACUAAGUACCCCUCUAACCAGACAACUGCUACGUUCGAGAUUCCGUUGGGUGAUGAGGGUGUUCCCGAACAUAAGAUUUCAUACAAGAUCAAAGACGUCGUCUAUGAACAAACCCAUCAGUAA